AUGCCUUCUUUACUCGUUGCGGUCUAUCGCACCAUCUUCCUUACCCUCUGUGCCCUCAAUAUUCUCGGAUGUGCCGCCCAAUCGCCGGGACACCACCACCAUCACCGCCACCUCCACCAACAAAGGCAACAACAACAACAACGACCAAUCUACGCCAUCGCCCACCGCGUCCUCAGUCCCUCGGCCGUCACAGCAGCCCUCUCCCACGGUGCCAAUGCCAUAGAGGUUGACCUAACAGCGCAAGAGAAAACCGGAUGGUGGGCAGACCACUCCGGCGAAGCCAACAGCACCGAUUCCACAGCGCAAGAACUAUUCACCUCCGUCGCCGAUGCACGCCGACACGGGCAAAACGUCACCUUUGUGUGGCUUGAUAUCAAGAACCCGGAUUUGUGCGAUCCUAAGCGCAUGCCCGAGUGCUCCAUCGAGGCCCUGCGGGAUCUAGCACGCGACAUCUUGCAGCCUGCAGGUGUGAAGGCACUAUACGGCUUCUACCAGACUGCGGAUAGUCGCGGAUUUAAGGUUAUGAGUGAGUCGAUUACCGAUAAUGGGAAUGAGGCGGUUGUGCUUAGUGGGAAGGCGAGUGAGGUUGCUACGCAGUAUGAGAAUAAGGGUAUUGAGGCGCCGCGGAAACUUAUGGAUGAUGGAUUUCCGCAGAUGGAGAAUAAUUUUGGGACUUGCCGUGAGCCUGGUAACUUUACGUGCGCUGAGUUAAGGAAUGCGAGUGACAUGCGUGAUCAGGGACAGCUGGGCAAGACAAUGGGGUGGACAAGUACACGCGGGGAUUCAGGGCGGGUGGAUAUGCUUCUGGGGACAGCACGGGUAGAUGGCAUCAUCUACGGCUUUCAAGACAAGGAGUAUAGGAAUGAUCCUGUCGUAAUAGAGGCGUUUGGUGACAUUCGUUCCUUUGUAGACAGGCAUUCUGAUAGCCAUCGUAUGGCUACUGUGGACGAUGUACCUUGGUAG